CCCGCCACUUUCCCCUGGGGCCCCGAGGCCUCGGGCACGUUUGGGAGAGCGUGUGUCCCCGCGCUUCCUCCGGGGUGACGGGAACUGAGAGGCCAGGCCGCACAGACAGCGUAGGCCCGAGCCUGCCCUCCGAGCCGGCCUGCGCGGGCAGGAAGGCCAGGAUCCCGCCCCGGGCCUUUGGCUCUCCGCAGCCUCCGCGGGCGCAUGGGCAGAACUAAUCCCGAGUAUUAGCACUAGAAAAACCCUCCCUGCCUUGCCCCGAUUGUAGUUAAGUGUCUUUGAGAUUUCCGAGGGAGUACGAGCGCCCAGAGAUCUUUUAAAGGUGACCGGAUUCGGUCUGCACCCCACACCCUGCCUUGGUGGCACAGGUAUUUGCUGCAGGUGUGCCGGGAGGCCGCGGGAGACUUCGGCCCUCUCCUAGGGGAAACACACCUGUAGACCAGUGUCACAUUUGAAGAUGGGCAUGGAGGAUGAGGAAUCAACUGAAAGUAAUGAAAAUAUUCGAAAUGCAGACUCUGAGUGGCCAAACGUGGGAAGUCUUCCUAAGGAUCAUGUGCAGAAAUCUAAGAUGGGUGAAACUUGUGAUUGGGUAGAGAAUCAAUUGGAAAUGCCUGCGUGGAAAAUAAUGAAGGAAGACAAAAGUAGCAUCAGGGAAAAGACUGACAGACCUAAGAACAUGACAGCUAUAAAAACAGAACCGGAAGAUGAGGCAUAUGAGAACAGUGUAUACCUGAGUGGAAAAAACACUGUGUACCAGUCUAUUCCUACCCAACCAAAAAGCAGUGAACAAGGUAAAUGUGUGGAAAACAUUAAUGGAAACUUGCACUCCAGUCUACAACAGAAAUCUCUUGCUAUUAAGAAGUCACAUAAAUGUGAUGAGUGUGGGAAAUGCUUCAAAUACAAUUCUCGCCUUGUUCAACAUAAAAUUAUGCACACUGGAGAAAAGCGCUAUGAGUGUGAUGACUGUAGAGGAACUUUCCGAAGCAGCUCCAGCCUUCGGGUCCACAAGCGCAUCCACACUGGUGAGAAGCCCUAUAAGUGUGAUGAAUGUGGGAAAGCAUACAUGUCCUAUUCCAGCCUUAUAAACCACAAAAGCACCCAUUCUGGGGAGAAGAACUGCAAAUGUGAUGAGUGUGGGAAGUCCUUCAAUUAUAGCUCUGUUCUGGACCAGCAUAAAAGGAUCCACACUGGAGAGAAGCCCUAUGAAUGUGGUGAGUGUGGAAAGGCCUUCAGGAACAGUUCUGGUCUCAGAGUCCACAAAAGGAUCCACACAGGAGAGAAGCCCUAUGAAUGUGACAUCUGUGGAAAAACCUUCAGUAAUAGCUCUGGCCUGAGGGUCCAUAAAAGGAUCCAUACAGGUGAGAAACCCUAUGAAUGUGAUGAGUGUGGGAAGGCGUUCAUAACUUGCAGAACACUUCUAAACCAUAAAAGCAUCCACUUUGGAGAUAAACCUUAUAAAUGUGAUGAGUGUGAGAAAUCUUUUAAUUAUAGCUCUCUCCUCAUUCAGCAUAAAGUCAUCCACACUGGUGAAAAACCUUACGAAUGUGAUGAAUGUGGGAAGGCCUUCAGGAACAGCUCAGGCCUCAUAGUGCAUAAAAGGAUCCACACAGGAGAGAAACCUUACAAGUGUGACAUCUGUGGCAAGGCAUUCAGCUAUAGCUCAGGCCUUGCAGUACAUAAGAGCAUUCACCCUGGAAAGAAAGCCCAUGAAUGUAAGGAGUGUGGUAAAUCCUUUAGUUAUAACUCACUUCUUCUUCAACAUAAAACUAUUCAUACUGGAGAGAGACCUUAUGUAUGUGAUGUGUGUGGCAAAACUUUCAGGAACAAUUCAGGCCUCAAAGUCCAUCGAAGGCUCCAUACCGGGGAAAAACCAUAUAAAUGUGAUGUGUGUGGGAAGGCCUAUAUCUCACGCUCUAGCCUUAAAAAUCACAAAGGAAUCCAUAUGGGAGAAAAGCCCUAUAAAUGCAGCUAUUGUGAGAAGUCCUUCAACUAUAGCUCUGCCCUUGAACAGCAUAAAAGGAUUCAUACAAGAGAGAAACCUUUUGGGUGUGAUGAGUGUGGAAAAGCCUUCAGAAACAAUUCAGGCCUUAAAGUACACAAACGAAUUCACACUGGGGAGAGACCUUACAAAUGUGAAGAAUGUGGGAAAGCCUACAUCUCACUCUCAAGCCUUAUAAAUCAUAAAAGUGUACACCCUGGGGAAAAACCCUUUAAGUGUGAUGAGUGUGAGAAAGCCUUCAUCACAUACCGAACCCUUCUAAACCACAAAAAAAUUCAUCUUGGAGAAAAGCCCUACAAAUGCGAUGUAUGUGAGAAAUCUUUUAACUACACCUCACUCCUUUCUCAGCACAAAAGAGUUCACACUAGAGAGAAACCCUUUGAAUGUGACAGGUGUGAGAAGGUCUUCAGAAACAACUCAAGCCUUAAGGUUCAUAAAAGAAUACAUACUGGGGAGAAACCCUAUGAAUGUGAUGUGUGUGGAAAAGCCUAUAUCUCACAUUCAAGCCUUAUCAACCAUAAAAGUACCCACCCUGGCAAGACACCCUAUACGUGUGAUGAAUGUGGGAAAGCUUUUUUCUCAAGCAGAACUCUUAUAAGCCAUAAGAGAGUCCAUCUUGGGGAAAAACCCUUCAAGUGUGUUGAGUGUGGGAAAUCUUUUAGCUACAGCUCACUCCUUUCUCAACACAAGAGGAUCCACACAGGGGAGAAACCCUAUGUAUGUGAUUGGUGUGGGAAGGCAUUCAGGAACAGCUCAGGCCUCACAGUGCAUAAAAGAAUCCAUACAGGUGAAAAACCCUAUGGAUGUGAUGAGUGUGGAAAGGCCUACAUCUCACACUCAAGUCUUAUCAAUCAUAAAAGUGUACACCGUGGAAAGCAGCCCUAUAAUUGUGAGUGUGGGAAAUCCUUCAAUUACAGAUCUGUCCUUGACCAACAUAGAAGGAUCCAUACUGGAAAGAAGCCAUACCGAUGUAGUGAUUGUGGGAAGGCAUUUAAUAUCAGAUCAAAUCUUACCAAGCAUAAAAGAAUCCAUACUGGAGAGGAAUCUUUAAAUGUGACAAAGAUGGAAAGUCAUAGUGGACUAUUCCAGAAGAGAAUCUAUGAAGGAGGGAAUGUUCUCGAUGGGACCAGGAUGCAGAUGCCUGUGUGGGAGGCAGAGCCUAUCAAGUCUCAAAGAAUUCAUAUGGAAGAAAAACUUUAUGAAUGUAAGAAUUUCUGAGGUCCUUAAUCAGUUUUCAUAGUGGAAGAGAAUGCUACAUAAUCCUGAAUAAUUCUAUUUGAUUCAGUCAUAGCAAGGAAGGCUCUAGUGUCAUAGUAGUUGAGCCCUUUAGGAAUAUACAAUAGCACUAGGUAUAAAAACCCUUCAGAGUGAUGGAACAUUAAAAGAAAUCCUCAAAGCAAACAUACACAUUUCUGGACAUAAAACAAGACGAUAAAGACUUCAAUUGCAUAGUCACCACUAAAAAGAUCCUAUGUGAGUAAAUUAAAUGAAAUGUAGAAAAUUCAGGUAUAAUUUUGAAUCUCAAUUAUACUUUGGUCAGUGGUAAAAAUUCUAAGAGCCUCCAACAGGCAAAUUCAGGGAGAGAAAGGCUUCAGGGAAUAUAAGUUUAUUAGUGAUCAUGAAUUAUAAACUGCAUAAUAAUUUAAUGGUUUGGAGAGAGUGGAUGACAACUUCUGAAACAAAUGAGAUUUCCUUGUAGGAAAAGAAAAAUAGUAAUAAAUCUAAACAGGAAGUAGGAAAGAGCUGCUUAAAUAUGCAGAUUUAUUGGAAUGUACUGUUACACCAUGUGAAUUAUUAAAAGUUCUAGAGUUUCAAAUAUACUCCCUUAAUAAGAAAUAUAUGAUAAAUGAAAACCUGGAAGGUGGCAUUCACACAUUCUAAGAGAAUGAAAAGGAUUUCGGCAUCUUCAAUAAAAGAACACAUCUUCACAAAUUUGCACCUUACAGAAAAAAAUAUUCAGGGAAUCCUAUGAAUAAAAAUGUUGUAAAGGAAAACAUUGUAUUGUAAGAGCUGAAAUGCCAAGUAGGCAUCAGUUAUUGAGAGAGGAGGAAAUUUGUGGUUUUAAAACAAUCUUGUUAAGUGUUAGUUUCAGAGUGUGUUGUGAAGAUUUCAUGUACUACAUGUGUAUACUGUUUGUUGUAAAAAUAUGAAUACAUUGUUCAGGACUCUCUUUGCCAUGAAGACCAGAUAGUUGUGGCAAGGUAAGGUGAAACCCCAAUAAAGAAAUGCCUCAAAUGUAAACAGGCUCUGUUUAGAUGGAAUAAUGUAUAGAGCCAGUUGGGUGUUCUUUUUUUCUUUGUGGUAUGUUAUAAAAGAUCCCAGUCCAGAGAAACUCUUGCUUUCUCUUUGGCGACUCAUCCACAGAGCUAAUAAUUGGUUUCACCAGAAAUUAGAUGGUGCUUGUCCCAGGAAGAAGCACAGAUGAAUUUUGAGGAGACCAUAAGUAAGCAAUAUGACGAGGCAGUGAAGACUGCGCACCUCAGUCACAGAAGUGGGUUCUACCAAGUUAAGCUUCACCCAUAGUAUUCCUAGACAGGUUUUUGCCAGUAGAAGGUGAAUUCUCAGUUUGGUCUCUGACUUAAGAAUUUUGUCAGUAAAAAAGUACAAUCUGCAGCCCAGACUGAUUUCUGUGUCUUUCAAGAAUUCCUCUUUCCAGCCAAGUAAUUUUUAUGCCUCCCUGUGGGAGUACUAGAGAAUGUUUUGUCUUUCCCCAAAUCCUGAUCAGUAGGUUUUGAUAGAUAGGUGAAGAAAGGGGCAAAGUAUCUUUUGCUACUCAACUCUGCAAUGUAAUAACCACAGUGCAUUGUGUUCUUUGCAUGUCUGUCCACAGGCUGAGGUUGGUUUACUCAGCAAAUACUUGUUGAGAAUCUGCUAGGCACAACCUACUGCCCUAAAGCACCGAAUAGCUAGAGAAAGGGAGCAGGAAUUAGAAAAAGACUGCAAACAAAAUUCCACUCAUAUGACCUCUAAAGAUGUUCAGAGGGAAGUGACCAUGGCCAAACAGAGGGUGGUAUGGAUAUUAAAUUGGGUUUUUCUGAGAAGGGUGAGAAUAAAACAGCCUGAACAAAGGCAGCAGAAUAAUUGUUCAGAUCCUUCAUAGUGAUUUGUGACAGGGCUGAUGUAUAGUGGGCAGAAAGGAGAACACAGGGUAUCCAUUCCCAGUAGUCAAUGGGAAUGGAUAUGACUUCAUUUGCUAAAGACAAGACCAUCUCUGGCUUAUUAAACAGUCCUGUUAACCUGAGGCUUCCAUGUGCCUUAUGGACACAGCAGCUGGUGUGCUUGUGGCUUGAGUCACUCCUCUCUCCCUCCUGUCCCUACUCUCAUGUGAACUGUAAUCAGACCUAAGGCACUAUCUAGUUUCAGGAGUGACACAGGUAAAGAUUGUUGAGGUUGGUCACCGUUGUGGUGCUGUGGGUGAAACCAAUGGCUUUGCAUUAGCUGUCACCAGCAUUCAGUGCACUGGAGUAAUCAGGAUCCCCAUCAUCUAAAAAGAGACUGCAGGGAUGUACCUCAUUUGUGCACUGACUGCUGGUGACAGCUAAUGCAGCCCCAUCUAUCCAGACAUUGGAAAUAGGCUCAUGGCCUCUUGGCCUGGCCUUGAGUAUACCAAGCACAUAGCAGAACUCAGAUGUGUAAGGGUCUCCUAGUUUCUAGCUGUCUCAUGACAACCACAUGGUGCAGAUCCAAUGAUCUACUCACCUAAGCCUCCUUGAACCAGUCACGAGUGUGAUUAGUGAUCAUUCUUAUCCUUUCCAUAGAGUGAUACACAAGGCAAAACAGCAGAAAUGCCAGGUUUUAAGCGGACUGAGAAACCCUUUAGAGCCAGCUUACAAGGCUGAAGAGAGAAUUAAUGUGCUGGGUGUGUUAGAGUGACCACAUUCUUGUCUAGAAAGAGUCAAGAUACUUAACUCUAGAUUUUAUAGCCAGAUGUGCAUGGGAUGAUAUAGACAAGUUAACAAAAGCUUAAAAAAUCAGGUGAAAAAAGGUGAGACAUCCUGUUUCUGGCAAAGGUGGGCUAAAAUAGUUGUCGGUUUCCCACUGAAAAUAAAAUUGUAUUUUUAAAGGUGUGUAGUAUUCUGUGUAAUAGACUGAUAGAAUAAAUUAUAAAUUACAGGUCUAAUAUCAGGAUACCCUUGGGUUACAUGCCUGGUUAGAAUCCAUUUCCUGGGUCAUAGAUGUGACCUCACUGCAUCCUCACGUGGUUGAGCAAGGAGUUGUGAGCCUCCUUUAUAAGCUCACUAAUUCCACUCAUGAGCUUUCCACUCUCUUUGACAUAAUCGCCUCUCAGAGGCCCAAGUUUAUACCAUUAUACUGAUGAUGAGGUUUAUACAAAUUUGGAGAGCACCAAGCCUGAAAAGGCAGUAGGUAACCCCAAGACAGUUCAAGAAUGAAAUAUUGGGGGGAGGGGGGCUGAAGAGUUGGCCCAGCAGUUAACAUUUUACUGCUUUUGCAGAAGGACCAGAGUUCUGGCUCACAACCCCCUGUAACUUCAGCUCUGGGGGGAAUCUUAUGCCUCUUUCUUUUGCUUUCGUAGGCACCUUCACUCAGUGCACAUACCCACACAGAGACGUGUAUAUACACAUUAUUUUAAAACUUUUAAAUGGGAUCCUGUAAGUAGGAAAUGCAGCUUGCUGUGGACUGCUAAUGUUUCUCUGGGUGACUUGCAGAAGUUCAGGGUGAAUCCCACCCAUAAGUGAUGAAUGGGAGACCUUUGAAAGUUGAGUUGUCAGCAUGCUACACCCUCAGGACAAAAUCAGAGUUGAGGCCCUUAAGCCUGUGUCCUCCAAGUGUAGAGAGAGUGGCCUUAGUGGGCAGAGUAGUAGAAAAACUUAAAACACCCUUGACAAGCUUUACCCAGGUUCAGAUAUUUACAACUUGAGACUUGGCAGGUACAAAUGAGUAACACUGAAAAAUCUUUCCCCUUUUAUGGCAAAGUCAUGGUGUAUCCUAGGCUGCCCUCUAAAUCACAACCUUCCUGCCUCCACCUCCCAAGUGUGGAGGUUACAAGUUUGUGCCUCUACACCCAGCUCCCGUAAAUCAUUCUUUGGGUAGUAAUCAGCAAGCAAAGAUAAUCGGGUACAUUGGAAAAGGCAACAUAUGUGAAAACAGAAACAUACCUAAUAGAUUUCCUGCACUGAAUUAUAAGGUAUAUUUAUGAAAAUAUCUAUGCUCAAAAUAUUUAAAGAUAUGCUUGUCAACAGAGUAGAACACAAGAAUAGGAUUAGUGAACUGAAAGACAUGAUGAAGUUGCCAAAUGGAGCAUUGAGUGGGCAAAUAGAGGUGUAAGGGAAAGUUUCAUUGGGAAUUUUUUCUAGUGGAGGGAGAAGUUUUUAACAUACACCCAGUCAUGAGGAAAAGGAAGGAACUAAACUGGAAAUUUUCUAGAAUUGGUGAGCCUGUAGAUACAAAUUGGUCUCAAAGAAUAUGAAGUAGGCUAAAUUUAUAAAAAUCCCAGAUACAGACAUCAUAGGGUAACUGCAGAAAAUUAGAAAAAAAAAAAAAUCUUAGUUGAAAACAGGAAAAAAAUUA